UCCUCCCCCUCCCCUCCCCUUCUCCUUUCCCUCAGUCCGCAACAUCCUGACUGACUGAGGCUGCUGAUCGCAGGCAGCCUGCGCACAAGACGGAUGAAAUAAACCUGCUCCUUAUCCUUCUGAUUCUCUAUUAAGGAGUCUUUCUGUGAGCACACUUGCCGACAAACUGACAGCCUGAACCGGACACAAGGCUUCCAGUGAACAGAUUCACCAUGGGGAUCAAGGCUGCCCUCCCCAGAUAUGAGCUGUAUCUGUACUCUGCUGUACUGGCGGUGGCACUGAUAUGGGCUGGCAGUUGGAUAUUUGAAGCGUCAAGUGACAAUGUAAACAGAAAGGCCUUUAAAGAAAGUGUGAAACCAGGAUGGCAUUACUUCGGCAGGAAAAUGGAUGUUGCAGACUUCGAGUGGGUGAUGUGGUUCUCUACAUUCCGCAAUCAUAUCCUUUUUGCUCUCACCGGUCAUGUGAUCUUUGCCAAGAUAUUUACCCUGUUAGCCCCGAAGCACAGAUCCUUAAUCUUUGGCUUGUACGGUGGUUUGGCAGUCCUGGUUACAAUGGGCUGGACCUUUGUGGCUCUGGUUCUGUCGCACUGCAUCAUCCUCUACAGCGUGGCGCUGGUCAAGAAGAAAUGGAUGUGCUUCGCUGCCGGUCUGUGCACGCUGGCCUCCAUCAAGCUGGAGCCCUACAACUCCUGGCAGGAGGCCUUGGUGACCGGCUCUUUUGACCUACAAGACAUCUUGUUCUACGGAGGCUGUGGCUUCAGCAUCAUGCGCUGCAUGAGCUUUGCUCUGGAGAACUGUGACAGAAAAGAGGGCAAUUACUCUUUCUCCGACCUGCUGCGAUACAAUUUCUACCUCCCAUUCUUCUUCUUUGGACCUGUGAUGACUUUCGACUGUUAUUAUGUCCAGGCAAACAACACUCAGCUAACCCGCAAGGAGAGGGAGAUGUGGAACAUCACCACCAAGGCCUUGCUGCACCUGGGAGCUAUCCUGGUGGUGGAUGCCUUCUUCCACUAUCUUUAUAUCUUGACAAUACCCAGCGACAUGAAACUGGUUGCCAAGCUCUCUGACUGGUGUCUAGCGGGACUAGCAUAUUCCAACUUGGUGUAUGAUUGGGUGAAAGCAGCUGUAAUGUUUGGUGUCAUCAACACUGUGGCUACGCUUGACCACUUGGACCCUCCUCAGCCUCCCAAGUGUAUCACCAUGCUCUACGUCUUCGCCGAGACGCACUUUGACAGAGGCAUCAAUGACUGGCUCUGCAGGUAUGUUUAUGAUUAUAUUGGUGGAGAUCAUGAUAAAAUCUUCAAGGAACUCCUCGCGACCAUCUCCACGUUUGCCAUCACGACCCUGUGGCUUGGUCCCUGUGAGCUGGUUUACAUCUGGUCAUUUUUCAACUGCUUUGGCCUCAACUUUGAGCUGUGGGUGGCCAAGUUAUUCUCUCUUCCACCAUUUUCUAUUGUGGAGGGAGCAAUGGGGGAAGCCAUGUCCCGCAGGAUCAGGGGUGUGUUCAACGCUGCCAACUUCUGGACCAUCAUCCUCUACAAUGUCCUCUCCCUGAACAGUUUGGAGUUUGCCAAAAUGGUUGGCAGAAGACUUAUAUUCAAAGGAUUUCCUCUGUCCACCCUGUCAGUGCUGCUUGUGACCUACUGUGGUGUGCAGCUGGUGAAGGAGAGGGAGCGGCAACAAGCCCUGCUGGAUGAUCCGGACCCAGUAAAGCCAGUGGAUGGUGAAAAAGAUAAGGCAGAAUAAUACAGCAGAAAGACAGAAUUUCCCAGAAUUCACGAUCAACAGGCCACCCGUCGCUGGCCUCGCCAUCUGUAACAGAACCAGACUGUAACAAUCAGUCGGCAACGGUCCACAAGCCGACAUUUUUGCUUUUGCUUGUCAGAAGCAAGGCAAUUUUUUCAAAUUGAAAGGAUCCUCAAGUGCACUUGCUGUUGAUAAUCCCUGCACCCUUUGUCACAAACUCACCAAAGGUGCAUUUUUAUAUUUGUACUUUAUCCAGACACAGUAUUAUUUCACAUUUACAAGCCUAACGUUUAGAGUUAUUAAAUUGUAUAUUAGGACAUUUAGAACUUUCUGUUUUAGCUCUCCGUCCCCAUCCUUACUGUUCAGUUUAAACAGAUUAUAUCCUUAUCUUUUUCUGCCAUUUGAGGCUUGAGACCCCAACACACCGUCAUAAACAGAGGGGGUAAACUUGAAUAGCUAAUAAAUUGUUUUUAACAGAGUGCAAUGAAUUAAGGUGCUGUGGGGAUCCUCCACAUACAGAAGCUUGCAGCUGAUUGUAAAGUGUCUUUGCUCCACUGUCACGAAGCUAAAAACGCUGCUUGUGGUGGAGAAGAUAGUCCACUGUGAAGAUGUACCAGAUGCGUCGUGAUGUUGAAGAGGCGAAUGUAGUCCAGUCACUGACAGCUGUCUGGAGAGCUGUUGCCUUACUCCUUUACAUACCGUCCACAGGAGAUUAUCGUGGCACGUCCGGCUAUCUCUCCUCCACCCUUGCACGCUUCAGGCCUUCAUGUUGCUAUGAAAGGCAAUAUGGGUCAGUCUUAUCCUGCUGUCGCACAAACCUGCUGUCCGUCAGCGCAGCAGGGAAAAGAGAAACAAUGUGAAGAGUGUAAUGCCUUUUUCCUCAUUUAAGCAUUUUGCUUCAAUGGUUUUCAUGGGACUUGAAAUAAAGUUUGGUUUCAUCAAGGGGUGACACGUCUGCAAUGUGAUUGUUGAGUGGCUGUCAAGUUUGUUUGGAAAAAAAAAGCUUUGUCCACCUAGAAAGAGGCUUUUGAGAAGUAGAUUGUCGAUCACGUAGGUUGGUGCAAAGUAAUUAAAACAUUGUUACAUUAUGGUUAAACAUGGUUAUGCAGGUGUAAUAAUAU